AAAUAUAUAACAUUGAAGGUUGAUGAUCUAGGAAGAAAAUGGAAGAAGAAACCAAGAUUUCAACCAUGAAAGAUGAUUAUGAGGUUGAAGAAAAGAAGCAAGCUGCUGCAGAUGUCUUGUAUCGAUAUUCAAACUUUGUUAUGGCCUGCAUUGGUAAUCAAGUUCGGCCUUGUGACUUACGACUACAUUUGAUGAAAGAGAUCUCGGGAUUGCCAACUUCUUUGAAGCAGGAGCGACGCGCAGCAGCAUCUUCUCCUGAUGCGAUGGGUGAGUCGUCGAGCUCAGGCACUUCAAGACUUGAUAAAACAGACAGCUUGAAAGGUCUUCUCUAGAUGCGGAAACUGCAUCAUCGUCUUUGUUUUGGUCUAGUUAUCGUCUUUAGAUGGUAUGUUUUUCUCGUUUUGACACGGACCUCCUAGCAAAGUAGUUCUUCGCAUUUUCAUUUCUAGAUUUGUAAAUGGAAGGAAAAUGAAAUGUCUUUUGGAUCUGGUAUUUUUUUCAGUGAAAUGUUCCUAGUAGUUUUAGCA